AUGUUCGCCAUGGCAUCAAGUGGCCAUGUGCAAGCCGGCCUACCCCAACUGAGCACCACCAAGCGAAUAUGUAGAAGGGAUUCGCUGUCUUCUUCCAGGACCCGUGAUUCGGGUUACAACAGCGAUCUCGAUUCUCUCUCACCCUUGGAUGCCGGAACGUUGGAUCAGGACAUUCUUUUCGCACCCCUUCCAUGUGUGCCGAGCAUUCUUGUCAACAACAAAGCUACCUUUACCAAGAGAUGCAACGGCGAUAGGCCAUGGUUGGUUGGACGAAACAGCAUCACCAGUAACCCUGCAGGAGUCGUCACCAGUCAAGCAUCCCUCCAAACCACGCCUUCAGAGGCUCCAAAAAUAGAAUCUGUCAAGACAUUGCUUGAGUGUCCACGUAAGGACAUCCCUAAAGACAGGCCAGCGUCAGAAGAUGAAGAUAUAGAGAGGUGGAUCAAUGACAAUCUUCCAUCCAGCAAGCGUCCUAGAGAACGAGUAACAUCUAUCGUCUCGAUCUCAUCCACAAGCAGCUGCGAAAUGCAUACCAGCACCGACGUCAGCGAAGACGAAAUGGAGCACGAUACUCAAACUGCACAGCAAUUCCCGACAUCCACCCAGAAGAUUAUUGAUCUUAUCUUACGCAAGGUCGAGAUCAACCUUCGCAACGCGGCUUACAAGCAGUGUACGGGGAGCAGGGCUGCGCACACUCAAAGCAGGGCCGCAAUCGUCUCGGGCCAGAGCAGUCGCAAAACGUCAGUAAGUUCAGGAACCAAACGCAAGUCCCGUCUCGAAGGUAGCCCACCGCCAGAGGAAGACGAUGAAGACGGCCCAAACAAGCGACGUCGCGGGUCGACAACAACUAUCACCGACGAAUCCGAAACUGGUGCAAGAUUUGCAUGUCCGUUCUACAAACAUGACCCGGAUCGGUAUCGCAACAGGCGCACAUGUCCUGGGCCUGGCUGGCCAUCUGUCCAUCGAAUGAAAGAGCAUCUUUAUCGGUCGCAUUCCCAGCCGAUAUUUUGCCCAAUCUGUUACGAGACUUUCAACUCGGACAAGCAACAAUCAAGUCACGUGCGUCUGCGACAGUGCGAGAGCUCACCACCUCAAGAGAUUGAAGGAAUCGACCGCGAGACUGUUCGAACCCUGAAGAAGCGCACCCCUGCGUUGAGGCUGGAGGAAGACAAGUGGAGAGACGUAUAUCAGGUUCUCUUCCCGGAUGUGUCUGAUCUCGAGAUACCCAGUCCAUUCUACGACUGCGACUCGCCUAGCGAAACAUCUCGGCGCUUCCGCAGAGACCUUCUCCAUCGUGUACACCAACAGCUGCUAGUCGAGGCCGGACAUAUCCCGAGUCCUGUCGAGCAAGAGCUUAUGCAGCGCGUGGCCCACAUAGUGCGCCGUUGUGAGUACGAUCUACUGAAUCAAGCGCAACCGACAGUCAACACGCGGCGUGCUAGCGCACCCUCUAUAAAUAUUUCGCACCAAGCCACGUCUCUACCCCAGCCCACCUCAACAGUUCAGAGACCGCAUCUAGCAGUGCCAUCGAUCGAAAACGGACAAGAACACGGAUAUGGUACGUCUGUCGAGGCAGAAGCGCCGCCAUUCAUCCCUGAGCCAACAAUUGAUUGGGGUCCCUGGGACUACCCGUCAUACAAUCCAUUUGGCUUGGGAAUUGACUGGGAAGCUGCCUUCCCAUCUGCGCCUGAAAUACAGUAUACGGGUAAUGAUGAGUCAACUACGAGCUUUUUGGUGCCAAUGCGGACGUAG